AUGGGUCUUCGUCAGCUGUGGUGGCAGAUGCUCACAGCGAGAAACGGAACCAAUUGUACACUGUCCUGGUAUCGCACGUCUAAACCGGCGAAUCACUUAGCAGCGGCCCACCGAGUUGUGUCCAUGAGAACGAAAGCACAACUGGAUUUUCACCAAGUUAUGGAGACCGUGAAAUGGGGAUUCAAGGUCCUUACAAGGCUUGGACUCUUCAACUACUUGGUGAUUUUGGGCUGA